AUGGUGUAUGAGGAGCCAUAUGAGGCUGUGUAUGAGGAUGUCCAGGAGGAGGAGGAGGAGGAGGAGGAGGAGUCAUGCGAGGAGGAGGACCCGGAGUGUGUGGGUGAUGGAGACUACAGGACGGUGAAGGUGCCGAGGCCGCUCGUCAGGGCACAGGUGGAGGGCACGCCUUGCUGCGUCGUCUGGGCCACCUGUCAGGUGACUGGGGAAGAGGACCUGGUGGUAGUAGGCCUGGAGGAUGGCUCAGUGAACCUAUUCGUGUUUCAUAUGGCCAUCAGGACCAAGGAGGAGCACCUCACCCUCAUCCAGGUGGAGCGGCCCCACGAAGCCCCUAUCCUCCACAUGAGUGCAUCAAAGAAAGCCAAGCCUGGAGAAGCAAGGACAACCCCGGUGCUUGUGACAGCCGCAGCCGACAGACGAGUCUUCAUAUUCCGGCUCAUCAGAGUUGGAAAAAUAACAAAAUUAGAGCCUGUUGGAUUCCACCAUUUAGAUUCUGUGCCAGAGAGGAUUGAAGUAAAAGGGGAGACUAUUCAAGUUGUAAUGCUUGAUGGUAUUGUUCUGGAAAUCGCAGCCUACCCAGGCACCAGCACAGCGACGGCGAGGUCGACCACAUCCUCCACAGUGACGCCCAACACCUCGGCGAGGGCGGCGUCCGACUCCUGGCUGCUGCAACGGCACACGGGGCCCAGGGAGUCCUGGCAGGGCGUGAGGGUAGUGCGGCACCAGCUGCUGGAGGAGGCUGCCAGGGUGGUGCACCACCAGGAGGCUGCCAGUCCUGGCUGCUCCUACCACGACCACAAUCUCAUCCUCGCAGUUCCUUCGCCUGAUGGAGAAACAGUGGUAGGAGUGACGUCCCAUGGCCGCCUGGUCCACAUACAUCAGUCCCACAAGUCCUACAGCAUCAGGGUCUCUGGCGAGACACUGGCCAGUCCCACCUCAGCCAAAACACACACUCAAGUUAUCAGGCGGCCAACUAUCAUCUGUCGCAAAGACGUUGGUGGGAGCGCUAGUGAGAACGGGCGUCGGAACGCGGUAGCCUGCGUGAGUGAGGACGGGGCGUGGGCGGCUGCCUGGGUACUGGGCAACGACCUUUUCCUCUACAAAGCUACAGGGGCAUCUUUUCCUGGGCCGCAGGAGACGCAGACGCAGCUGCGCUUUCUAGGCGUGCGGGGCGUGGGGGUGAGCGGCGCGGCGCCCAGUCUGGAGCAGCGGGCGCAGAAGGAGGCGGCUGACCGUCGCAGGGCCAGCAUGGAACACCAGGCUACGCUCCUCCAGCAGAAGCUCUCCAAGCUCAAGUGGGAUUUUAAAAAGCUGACUGUAAGGUAG